GAAGUCAGUAACAAAUUGAAUUCGCGUUUGUGAUAAAGUGCCGCUUGGUGUAAUAUUGUUAAAACUUUAAAAUCAUUGUGAAAUAUAAUUUUAAAACAAAAUACUUGUGUAGCAAAUUGUGAUUAACGAACUGAACUGUGUUUCUAGUCGGAAAAACAAGUGAUUAUCUACGUACGUGUUGUGAAAAGUGUGAUUUCUGCAGCACAUGAAACAGCCGUAAUUUUGCAGUUUUCCAUUACAUUUACUUGGUUUUUUGUAAUGUUCUGUUGCUGAAGGUACUCUAGGAGGAAGUGCAAACGUAUUGGCCUCGGGCCAAAGAGAUCUAGGCUCGGACCCAGUGACUCAGUGACGAUGUGUUCCCGCGAGAAGUGCCCCGCGCGCCCCGCAGACGUCGCCCCCCAUACGUGACAACGCCUCAAAAUGUCACCGGACAAACGUAAAAAGGAAAGUGGAAAAGCGAGAACUCGACCCUAGUGGUGUUAUAAGUUUAAAUCUAUGAUCUCAGUAUUUUAGUGCUCAAAUUUUAAAGACUGAACGACGAUGAUCGCCCUGAAGAAGUUCUACGGGGACGAGCUCCUCCGCCUGGCCCUGGUGCUCAGCCUGUUCAAAUCCAACCCCGAGGAGUACCCGGAGCUGGAGACGCAGCAGCUGAUCUCCGGCCUCCACAUCUCCAACGGCUCCGACCGGUCGAUGGAGUACGAGCCGCGGACCCUCAUCCGGCCGCGGUACGUGCACCCCAAGUCUCUCGACAACGUCCUGAUCGACUACGAGAGGCGGCUAUUCGAGGAGCUGAACUCGCUCGGCCGCUACAACUACCGUGCGAACAAUGAGCGGAUGUGGUAUAAUCAGGGGUCGGUUCACACGUACCUAGUGAACGACGUCGCCACCGACACAGUCGCGCCGGGGCUGCCGCUGGAGCCGGACGGGGCGGCCGAGGACGACGUCUCCGCCGACGACAAUGUCGCCCAGGAGGUCAAAGUCACCGACGAGGACUCGAGCCAGGACCGUCCCCCGCCCGACCUGGUGGUGACGCUGUCGGAGGACUUUCUGCAGAAUCACACCGAGUCGGACGUGUUCGCGGAGAUCGCGAGCCGCUCCUUCGACGUGAACGAGUUCCUGAACCCGAGCGAGAUGCAGAUCAAGCGGGAGCCGGAGGAGGACGUGAGGGUCCGCGUGAAGAUCGAGCGGCAGGACGACGACCGCGACGACCUGUACGGCGACAACGCCAUCGACGACUUCGUGCCUUAUUUUUCGAUGAAAUCCGAAAAGAUGGAGCUCGGGGAGCCGAACUCCGUCUUCCAUCAGAACAUGGCGGACCUCCAGGACUACGGCGAGUUGUUCGACGACGUGAAGGAGUUGAGGAACGACCUGGAGUGCCUGGACGUGAAGCAGCAGCAGGAGAAUCUGGAGCAGUAUCUGCUGGAGAACACGCCUCUUGACGCCGAGGCGUACGAGCUGGCUCCGAUGUUCGAGGAGGAGCUGGUGCUGAACGUGAAGCGGGAGAGGGCGAGCACCAGUUUUACGGCGAGCUCCAGUGGUGUCAGCGAUAUGGACGCUUCCUCGGAUAAGGAAGGUCCUGACGUGAAACUGGAGCCCGACGAGGGAAACCACAGUGGCGACGAAUUGACGCAGGAGGACAUGGACCUCAUCGAGGUGCUGUGGAAGCAGGAUGUGGACAUGGGCUUCUCCCUCGAGGAUCCCACGCAUCCAACGGGUCCGCAGGCCACCAAGGUGGAGUUGGAGCAGCAGGUGGAUAAGGAGUUGAAGAAAGCCGAGGAAAAGAUCCAGCAGGAGGCGGAGAAGGAAGCGGAGAGGAUCGAGAAAGUGAAGGCGUCGCUUCUGGAACCAGAGAAGGAGGAGGAUCCUUGGGCAGGGCUUUCGUAUACCGUGGACACUGAGACAGGUGAAUACGUGAUCCAGGGCGAGCUGCCGGGGCAGCUGGUCAGCGAGGAGAGCUUCGACCUGCUGGAGGAGGCGCUGCAGCUGGUGGAACUCGGGGACGAGGCGGAGGCUAAGGAUGAGCAGCUGGAGGCGGUAGAGGGCAGCAGCAGCAGCGCGGCGGAGAUGCUGCACCCGGCGAUGCGGCACGUGCCGCACCACCCGCUCGCCCACUACCACAACCAGUCGCUGAUGCGCUCCAUGUCCGUGGAGCAGCGGUGGCAGGACCUGGCGUCGCUGCUGACGAUCCCCCCGCCGCCGGACCAGUACCAGCACUACCACCAGCACCCCCACCCUCAUCCCCACCCCCACCCCCAUCCCCAUCCCCACGCGCAUCAUCAUAAUAUCAGCCCUCACGGCGCGGCGGGCGCGGCGUACGCGGGCAACUACCACGCCCCCCUCCCGCCCGUGCCCGACCAGAAACCACAUGAGGCCUACGGUGCAGCGGCGCCGCUAGAGGGCGCGUACAAGGUGGAGUCUGCGCACCAUCCGCAGCAGCACGACCCACUCUACUAUCAGAACUCGGCCGGUGCGGGCGGGGGGGAGAUGGCGCCGGCGCAGGACGGCUUCCUGCAGUCCAUACUCAACGACGAGGACCUGCAGCUCAUGGACAUGGCCAUGAACGAGGGCAUGUACACCAUGCGCAUGCUGGACAGCGCGGCGGGACCGCACGCGCCGCAGAACCACUCCCAUCUGCCCAUCACCAACGUGGAACGUGACUCGGCGUCCGACAGCGCCGUGUCGUCGAUGGGGUCGGAGCGAGUGCCCUCGCUCUCCGACGGCGAGUGGUGCGACGGCAGCGACUCCGCACAGGAGUUCCACAGUUCUAAAUUCCGUCCGUACGAGGGCACGUACCCGCGCGAGCGAGCAGCGCACGCGCCGCAGAAGAAGCACCACAUGUUCGGCAAGCGAUCCUUCCAAGAGCCUCCAGCGCCGGCAAUAGAGCCGAUCGUGCCGACGCGCGCGCCAGGCGUGGUCAAGUACGAGUGCGAGCAGCCCUACCACCAUGAUAUGCACGCUAUGCACAACGUGGAGUACAACCGUCACGGACUGGGUGCGCACGCGCACGCGCCCGCACUGCAGCCAGCGCUCGACCUCAACGCCGCGCACUCCAGCCACUCGUUACUCACGCCGUUGGAUGUUGCUGCCGGCGUAGCGGGCGCGGGCGUGUCGCGGUACGGUGGCGACCGCGUGCGACACAACCACACGUACAGCGCGCCGCCGCCCGCGCAACCGAGACACCAUACACGAGAUAAACGAGUGCGGCGGCUGACGGACGGCAGCACGUCGGACGCCAGCAGCGGCACCACCAUGUCCCGCGACGAGAAACGCGCCAAGGCCCUCGGUAUCCCGCUGGAGGUGCACGACAUAAUCAACCUGCCGAUGGACGAGUUCAACGAGCGCCUGUCCAAACACGACCUGAGUGAGGCCCAGCUCUCUCUCAUCAGGGAUAUACGACGCCGGGGGAAGAACAAGGUGGCAGCUCAAAACUGCCGCAAGCGCAAGCUGGACCAGAUCACGUCGCUGGCGGACGAGGUGCGCACCGUCCGCGACCGCAAGGCGCGCACGCAGCGCGACCACCACACCCUGCUCGCCGAGCGCCAGCGCAUCAAGGAGCGGUUCGCCGCGCUCUACCGACACGUGUUCCAGAAUCUGCGCGACUCUGAGGGCCGGCCGUUGUCGUCGCACCAGUACUCGCUGCAGCAGGCCGCCGACGGCAACGUCGUGCUUGUGCCCAAGAUGCCCCAGCACGAUCAUCCCCUGAACCGCACAUCCGACGACGAGAUGGACAGAAAAGCGAAGAACUACGAGCAGUGACGUCACACACAAACACACGCGCCAGCUCUGUGACCGCUAGCUACAUACACCGGAUUAUCUGAAACCGGAUCUAAUGUGUUACAUACCGGAUAUAGUCUUACAAACCGGACUUAGUCUGCUACGAACCGAAUAAAUCUGUUACAAAAUGGAUAUAACCUGUUUUCAACUGGGUAUAACCAGUUACAAACCGGAUAUAGAAAGUAACACGCCGAAUUGUGACUGGUUACGUACCGGACAUAGCCUUUUAAAUUCCGGAUAUUUAAACCGGUUAUAAUUAUUGAUUAAUAUUUUUAUUGUUUUAUUUUUAUUGUAAAUGAACUAAGCACAUUCUGAUUCAUAAAAUAUAUUAUUGUGGGUUAUAAUUUGUUACCAAAACCCGUUUUAUUUUUUCUUUCUCUUGUUAUAUAGCUUAAAGUUGGUUGUGAUGGUUACAGGCAACUUCAAACAGAUUGAGAAUUAUAACCGGUACAUAUCUCAGCACUAGACUAUACUGUAACUAUUAACACUUGUUUAUAAUAUAAACUACUUAAAAGUAAAGUUCUACAGAACAGUUUUUUUUUUGCGUUGUUGGUGGUAAAAGUGUUUAUAGUUACAUUGUAGUACCAAUAGAUAGAUAUGGUUUAUUCUAGAAAUAUUUCGGGCUGGUCUAGAGCUGAGAUAGUUUUGACGAGAAUAUGUACAGUAAAAAUAUGUUGCUAAUGGAUUAUUAUUGGCAAUCGCCGCUUUUUAUAAAGGUGAAGAUGAAAAACGACGAUCGCCGAAAGCCAUUGAGAUAGUGGAUAUACGAUCAACUAGCACGCUGUGACUCGAUGUGAACGCACGUGCUUACUCGAUAACGGAAAUCGAUUAUCCGUAUCGAUGCUAUAUUUUGAAAAAUCGAUUUUUUGUAUAUUUCAUUUGAUGCACACGAUUUUUGUCUAUCGGAUCAAAUUUUUUACGCGUUUCGCGUCGACUUUUUCGUCGCAUGUUGCCGUGUGUUUUGUUUUGGAACCGUCUAGAAAUGUGAUAAGAGAAUUCCAUUUUGUUUAGUGUCCGAUUAGUUUCGCCGCCGGCGAUGAACCGCAAUAACUAUGGAUGUACCCUGUAUAUUGUCUACGAUUACAUAUUAUAUUUAUUAAUUAGGCUAGACUGUUAUAGUUUAAUUUUCUGUUGUAAUUCUGAAUUUGUUUACAAAUGGGAAAAAGUACAAAAAAAUACGAAAGUGGGCGGGGCGCUUGUCUGAAGGUGAGACCGCACUACGCGACACAUUGCGCGACACUGCACGUUCAAUACAAUUGACGUCUGUCAAACGCCCCACUGACGUUUUACAAACGUCAAUUCUAAUUUCUAUGGAACGUGAAGUGUCGCGUCGCGUUGUGCGGUCUCGCCCCCGGCUCCGCGCCGCCGCCGCUAUCAGAUCAGUGUUUGGUCAAGUUUUAAUGUGAAUUGUCAUUUGUGUCGGCAAUAAUGUAUGUUUAAAGACAACAAUGUUUUUCUAACUCGCAAUAUUCGUAUGCUAAUGUUAUUUUAAUGAGUUGUUUUACUUUCGAAUUUAUUUUUGGUUUAAGAUGCAGCAUGGCUGUCUAGGUUGUAAAGUUAAGUUAAGCAGAAGCACAGGUUACCUUUUUUUUACAAAGGAUUAUUUCUCUGAAAAAUCCAUAUCCUGUACUCAUUUUGUAAUAAAAUAGACAAUAAAUAAAUUUGAAAAUAGACCACUUUUUUUAUUUGCGCCGAAAAUAUUGUUGUCUUGUAAAACUGAGUACUCUGGUGCAUAUUUUUUUAACAGUAGCGUUUUAGUGCUUCGCGAUAGUACAUCGCGGUUAAUAUUUAUGUAAUAUAUUAUAUAAGGGAAUUAGGCGACGGGUAAUGCAUUUCACUAAGUUUUUUUUAAUAAACUCUUAGCGUGGCUGAA